UAUCGCGAGACCGGCAUUUGUUUGGCGUGUUCUCGCGAGAUCAGUUGCAGCCGCCGUGUUACGUGAGGAGAUUUCGGGUUCCAUUUUCUCUCUUCGUCUUGUUCGACGACAUAUUCGGUGUAAGGCGUGUUGAGGCGAGAUGGCUGAUUACUCUACCGUCCCACCACCCAGUUCCGGAGCCGGUGUGAACGAUGCCUUUAAAGACGCCCUUCAGAGAGCGAGACAGAUUGCUGCUAAAAUUGGAGGUGAAACAGGAACAACUAUAAACUCAAACGACUAUGGAUUUGGUGGACAAAAGAGGCCACUUGAUGAUGGAGAUCAACCGGAGGCCAAAAAAGUUGCUUCUACAAAUGAUUCUUUUGCUCCAUCAAUGCCUCCAAUGCACCAGCAGCAAAGGUCUGUUCUUACAGAGGAAUACAAAGUUCCAGAUGGAAUGGUGGGAUUCAUUAUUGGCAGAGGAGGGGAACAGAUUUCUCGCAUUCAGCAGGAUUCUGGCUGCAAAAUACAGAUCGCUCCAGAUAGUGCAGGCAUGCCCGAUAGGUCUUGUAUGCUAACUGGUUCUCCUGAUUCUGUUCAAGCUGCCAAGAGGCUACUUGAUCAGAUUGUGGAAAAAGGAAGACCAACUCCUGGGUUUCAUCAUGGAGAGGGUUCUGGAAAUGCUGUCCAAGAAAUAAUGAUUCCUGCCAGUAAAGCUGGAUUAGUAAUUGGAAAGGGAGGAGAAACCAUUAAACAACUUCAGGAAAGAGCUGGAGUUAAGAUGGUUAUGAUCCAAGAUGGACCCCAAAACACAGGAGCUGACAAGCCUUUAAGGAUUGCAGGGGAUCCAUACAAAGUACAGCAAGCAAAGGAGAUGGUGUUAGAAUUAAUUCGUGAUCAAGGAGGUUUCAGGGAAAUUCGGAAUGAGUAUGGCUCAAGAAUAGGAGCAAAUGAAGGAAUAGAUGUUCCUAUACCACGAUUUGCUGUUGGAAUUGUGAUAGGCAGAAGUGGCGAAAUGAUUAAGAAAAUACAGAAUGAUGCAGGUGUUAGAAUACAGUUUAAACCAGAUGAUGGAUCAGUUCCAGAAAGGAUUGCACAGAUUACUGGUCCCCAAGACGGAUGUCAACAUGCUGCUGAAAUUAUAAAUGACUUGCUGCGUAGUGUCCAGUCAGGAAAUGCUGGUGGACCAGGGCCUGGUGGCAGAGGGAGAGGCAGAGGACAAGGAAACUGGAAUAUGGGGCCUCCAGGUGGUUUACAGGAAUUCAACUUUGUUGUUCCCACAGUGAAAACUGGCCUAAUAAUUGGAAAAGGUGGGGAAACCAUUAAAAAUAUAAGCCAAACGUCUGGGGCUAGGAUAGAGCUGCAGCGGAACCCCCCACCAAAUGCAGAUCCCAAUGUGAAGUUAUUUACUAUACGUGGCUCUCCACAACAGAUAGAUUAUGCCAGGCAGCUGGUUGAAGAGAAGAUUGGAGGUCCUGUAAAUCCCUUGGGGCCUCCAGUUCCUCAAGGUCCACCUGGUGUUCCAGGACCGCAUGGCCCACCAGGUCCUCCUGGACCUGGUACUCCCAUGGGACCUUACAAUCCACCACCUUAUAAUCCUGGCCCUCCAGGACCUACACCACAUGGACCCCCUGCUCCAUAUACUCCUCAAGGAUGGAGCAACAAUUAUCCACACUGGCAACAACCAAACCAGCCAGACCCAAGUAAAGCAGCUACAGACCCGAAUUCUGCAGCAUGGGCAGCUUAUUACGCACACUAUUAUCAGCAGCAAGCACCCCAACCCCCUGCGGCUCCAAAUGCUGCACCAACUACAACACAAACUAAUGGGCAAGCUGAACCUCCAGCUGCUGCACCCCCAGGUGGGCAAGUCGAUUACACAAAGGCUUGGGAGGAGUAUUACAAGAAAAUGGGUCAGCAAGGGCCACAACAAGAUUAUACAAAAGCAUGGGAAGAAUAUUACAAAAAACAAGGGCAAACCGUUCCAACUCCAGGAGCUGCACCACCUGCUGGACAGCCAGAUUACAGUGCAGCCUGGGCAGAGUAUUACAGACAGCAAGCGGCAUAUUAUGCUCAAACAAGUCCACAAGGGGUGCCACAACAUCCGCCAGUGCCACAGAUCACAAUCAAAUCAGUCUUGCCAUUGUCUGUUGAAGUGCAGAUUUGAUCCAGCCAGUAUAGCAGUAGCUCUAUAGGUGUGAGGAGGACUGUGCUGUGCAUCAUCCUUAAUUUGUGUUCCUUCACGGAGCAUUGCACUGUAAGUACCUCAAUAAAUGGACAAACUGCAAAUUUAUCUGCUCAUCUUCCAUUAUAUUGACUGAUUUAUUUUUACAAUAUUGGUAUGCCGUAUUAUUUCUUGGCUGAUAUUUGGUUAGUGUAUAUUCUGUUUUUAGGUAAGUAUUCCCAAUAUUACGUUUUUAGCCGCAGCACAACAAUAUUUUUCAUUGACUAAAUCUCGUCCGUAUAAACAUGGCUUCUGUUCACCCAACAUAUGUUUGCAUUGUCAGACCUUUGCCUCGGUAGUAAUUUAAAAUAUAUAUUUGUGGAUCUCUGGGCCCCUGUUUAAAUAUUUUAAAACAGAGAGAUUUUAGUUUAUCUCUAACAAUGUGUUCAUAUUUUUUUUACAUUGGUUACUUUGGUAAUUGUCAGGGCAUGUGUUGGCACCAUGUAUUUUGCAUGACCUUGUCUAUGUACAUCAAAUAGCGAUCAAAAAUGUACCAGACACUUUUAUGAACUUUGCAAUUUGGAGGCUGUUAAUCUAACUUGUCCCAGGUCUAAAAUGUUAGUUGGGAGGGGGGGAAAGUGAAUUAUCUUCCACCUUAGGUUCUGCUGCAAAACCAGGUAAGCACAACCUAAGGAAACAUCCAUACAAUUGCAUCUAUUUAUGUUGUCCCUGUAAAUUUUGUGGUUGUGCCAAAAAGUUUCUUAACUUUAUAUUUUCGGUCUUUCAUGUAAGUAGGCAGUCAUAGCUUUUAAUUCCCCUGUAAAUGUUUUGAAUUGUAUAGCACAAAUACAUUCUCCUGAAAGUGUUUUGCAUUUAGAUUUCAGGCUGUAAUCUGCCACACAAUGUUUCAAAGUAUUUGAUGCAGCGUAUAUUUCUUGUCAGGAUUUAAUAUUUUCAUUUAGGUAAAUUUCUAAUCAUAAAUGACCAUUUGUUGAGAGUUCCAGCAAAUUCUGUGCCAGCCAUUUUUAAUAUCUGCCUUUAUCAACGAUUUGCUAGGACAGUCUCUUGCUGUUGCUUAUUUUCUGAAAUGUGCUGACACUUUUCAAAGUCCUGCUUAUUUGUACGUUCAAAGAAAAUUUGAAAAUACCUGCCUUCAUUUUCACACACAGUGCUGAAGAUGCUGCAAGCACCAAAUCAUAGCUCAUAUAAUCAGGUCCUGAGGUAGUUCCUAAGGAGGAAUCCUUUGUGUGUAUGCCAUUGGUCAUCCGAUGGGCAUGGACGUAGAAGGGCUCAUGUAGAAGGUAAAAUUGGCAAAAUACUAAGAAAUGUAUUAUGCAUAAUAGUGCAGAUGUGUCUUUCAUCACUAUUGAUGCUUUUCAUAAGAUGUGUGUGCUGGCUUUCCAGCAGUUGAAAUAUAUUUUGCCAUUUAUCAAGUUAAAUAGAUCUGUUUUUUUUUUUUUUUUUUUGUUCAUUACCUCAUAAUUAAAAUUUAUCACUGCGCUAACAGACAUAUUGUGCUCUAUAUAUGCAGUGUCAGUAGCAGGAAAGAAGCAAUCCCUGCUCAGUAAUGCAGAGAUGUGUACUGUAUAAGGAAUAGUAGAAUGAGUGCUGUAAUUGUUAUUAAUUGUGUAAUUAUGUAGUCCUGAAUUAAAAACUUGAUCACCGCAGUGCUGCUUUGAGUGCUCUCCUCAACUACGGUUUAUAGAUUAACUAUC